CCUCCUCCUCCUCCUCCUCCUCCUCCUCCUCCUCCCUCCCCGUCUGUCGGCUCCCCUGGCCGUGGCUCUCCGCCGCAGCGCGGUGAUGGCCGGCCCUGACGUGCACGCCUCCCUCGCCGCCUCGUUCCCGCCGGGUGCCUUCUGCCAGAAGGGCCGCCCGCCCCGCCUCCGACGCCCCACGCCUCCCACAUUCUUCGGCUCCACGAGCGCCUGGACGUGUGGUUCUGCGUCUGCUGCGGGUGCUUCGUGGCCGCUGCGGGCCGCAUGGUGGGCCUGGGCCUUCGGGCCAGGUGCCUAGGCCGCCCUUCGCGGGCUGGCCGUGACUGCCUCCAGCGGCUGGCUCGAGGCCUGUGGCCGAAGGCCAGCGGACGGCGCAGGUUCGUGAGGAAGGAGGCCGAGCUGGUGGUCGGCCCGAGGCUGCAUGCCCUUCGGCGCCGCGCUGUUCGAGCAGCUGCUGCACGUGCCGCAGGCCGCCGAGGUGGCCAGGUUCCCCCUGCGCUGGGCACGGAGGCCGACGGCGCGCUGGACGAGGUGGCCCACCUCGCGCUGGACGACUCGAUCGGGGACGCGCUGGGCGACUCGGUCCUCGUGGCGGCAGACCUGGAGGGGCCAGUCCCGAUGGGAGCGGCCCCUCCAGGUCCUACGACUGGUCCAGACAGUUGCCCGCAUCCUGUGAUAAAUUGCGGGAUGGGAGAGCUCGAGAGGGGGGCGAGGAGCGCCACGGGCGCUGAGUCUUCCUCGCCUCCCCGCGGCCUCCCAGUGGACGCGACCUUCCCCGACAAGGUCGCCUUCCUCCUCAGCGCCGCCCGCGGCGACGCCUUCUCGGACGUGGUGGUCGAGGGCGCGCUGGACCUGAAGCGGCGGCGCCUCGCGGCGGCCGCCAGCGACGACGCCCUCUCGGACGUGGUGG